AUGAGAGCACUGGAGGUUCUAGAGCAAAAAAAGGGCAAGAAAAAAGGAAGUGGAUCCCAAGAUCUGAUGGUCUUGAAGGAUGCAGUCAUCAGUGAAUGUGACUCAAAAAUGGAAAGCAUCUCGCAGGCCAGGGAGGCUUUGAGAAGCUACACCUUUGCUGUUAAACGAGCAGUACAUUUCCUGGGGGACAUCGAGGUCUCUCUGCUGCCGCCACAGGGCCCUGUUGGUCUCUGCUCUGAAAGACUGGAGGAGACCCAGAAGGCUUUGGUUGCCCUGCAGCAGCAAUUCCAGACCCACGUGGAGCAGCUCCAGAGCCAGUUUGAUCUGCAUCCUUACCUGUCCCCUCCGAAGGUGCAGCAGCUCCUGGAAGAUAUUCUGAGCCAGCUCCUGGUGAGGAUGUCCACUCUUCAGGCAAAGGGCCAUGUCCAACUGGAGUGUCUCAGCAGGUGUGCAGAACAUCACAGAAAUUACAUCAAGUGCCAUGAUGAAAUCACCCAGAGUAUGAAGAGUGUAGAGAGCAGCCUAUUGCAGUUAAUCUCUGAAAAAGUCAUCUGUCUCGCUGACUGCACUGACCAAGAGGCAAAGCUCAGAGCUUUGUCUGAGGAGGUGGAGUCCCUGCUGAGGCGUCUGGAGGAGCUGAAGGAGUGGUGCCCAGAGCAGAGCUGUCGUGGAGGCAGGGAGGCCGCUGUGGCUGCUGUCUGGAAAAGGGUAUCAAGACUACGGCGCUGCACACAGGAGCUGGCGACUCGUAGUAAACAGAGGAUCACAGAAUGGAGUGAUAUCACCAACAGUGUGGAAAAGGCCUCUACUGUCCUGGAGCAGGUGGAGGCAGAGCUUCCUGAAGGCUCAGGGGUGAAGGCCUCCACUGAGGAGCUUCAUGACCUGCUGCAGUCCUGGGAACAGUACCAGGACAGACUGGACUGUGAGCAUCGAUCCCUGUCUGCACUGGAACUGCGCGCUGCUAGGUUGCUGGGUGUCCCCGCCCACCUAGAGCAAGCUCCUCCCACCCCACUCUGUCAGCAGCUGCAGGCGAUGCAAGCGCGAUAUGGCAGUGUGAAGCAGAGCAGCAGGGAGGGUUUAGAGGCAUCCAGGAUGGAGCUGGAGGAGAGAGAAAAGGUUCGGGACGAACUGCAGGGCAUCCGGGUUUGGCUGGAGGCUGCAGAUGGUCUUCUGUCAGAGAUGGAGCAGAGCAACAGCACACAGGAGCUUCAGGAGGUCCACAGCCAUCUGUAUACCCAGAAGGCUUUGCUGCAGCGCAUCAUGGAGAGCCUGAAAAUGAAGUACUCUGACAUGUACACACUGGUCCCGGUUGAGAUCGAAGGCCAAAUGCAGGAAGUCAAGCAAUCACUGCAACAAGUGGAAGUAAAGGUGGGACAUGCCGUGGAGAGGAGUGGGCCCGUUCACAGGCUGGGGGCAAAGCUGUCUGAGAUCCACGCUGGCCUGAGCUCAGUUCAGAAGAGACUGGAACAGAGAAGUCCUACCAUGAUUGAAGCAAAGAUCACUCAGAAGCGUGCAUGGGACGACCUGGAUGCGUGGCACUCUUGUCUGGCAGCAUUGGAGGUGGACAUGCAGGAUUUGGAGAAGCCCCAGGAGACACUGAGCCUCACAGAGAGAUUGGUGGAGGUCCAGCAGCUUCACUCCCAACUGGCCAAACAGGCCGAGCAGAGGACCACCCUCCUCAGCAAGAUUCAUACGUGGCUUCAGGAGCAUCAGGAGAUGAUCAGCAGCUCUAAGAGCUGGAUGUCUGAAGCUCAGUCAUGGCUUGCUGCCCCCUGCACCUACACCACCGCUAAAUGUCUAAGCAGCCAUGUUCAUGCUCUGCAGAUGGUGUUGAAUGACUCAGCACAGAUCCGGACCACUCUGCAGGGCUUCAGCUCGGUACUGCAGGAAAUGUCGCAGGUUUGCGACGUCACAACUCUCCAGCAACAGCUGGUUGACGCUGAUCGCCAAGUGGCCGAUGUUCAAGACAGCUUCACUGCUCCUCUGUCUCAGCUGGAGCACGCUGCUGCUGAAGUGGAGGCCAUUGAGACUGAGGUCAGACGGAUGGAGAAUGAUGUGGCUGAGAUCAAGACUUUAUUAUCGUCUCCAGAGACUUUCCCAAGCCCCAGAGAGGAAGGUCUUAAGGAGGUUGAACAAAAAAUCCAGACCAUGAGGAGAACAGUGGCAGAGAUCCAGAAGUGUAAACCAGGCCUUUGUCUUCCAGAGAAAGCUGACGAGACUCUCACUGUCUUUAGUGUAGUGGACAAUCUCCAGGCUCUGCUGCUGGAAUUGGAGAAGAAAGUCCCUGCUGUGUUCAUCCAGCAGCCUCCGACUCCAAUCCAAGCCAAAGCACCGUCAGCAGAGCAAGCUAUCUUUCAGUCUGAGCUCCUGAAAUCCACUUCAGAUGGGGCUGAGAAGGAAGACACAGAGCAGGGCCAAAUCAAAAUUGUCCACCUUGAAGAAGACGUACUGAAGAGAUCUGGAGCCACACUGCUGACCGUGGAGCAGUCCUCACCUGAGCUGAGACAGUCCUUGACACCCGACAGUGCUCAGCAGCGGGAGCAUCAGGGCGUGCUCCAGGCUGAAGAAGCCACAGAGAAAAAAGACAGUGAGCAGCACAGAGUGGAAGAAGGUGGAGGAGGUGUUUUGUGGUGGCUCUGGGAUGCUUUCCUGGGCACUUCUCCAGAGGAACCUGUGGCCAUUGCCUCAGAGGAGACUGAAGCUGCCACUGGACAAAGCACUGAGCAGACUGGAGAAGAUAGACAGGAUGUUGAGGGCCCCACUGACACCACAGAAGCAAGUUCAUCUGAAGCUUUAUCAAAACCCCUGGGCACAGUCAGAACUCAGGCCCUGCCUGAGAGCAUGGUAAACACAGCCUCGACCCUAAAAGUUUCCAAAUCUGACUCUGGGCCCCAACAGAAAUGUGUAGUGUCCUAGAUCUAGAACUUCUUUUACUAGAACUUUUCACUUAGUCUAAAACAAGAAUUACGUCUAGAUUUAUGUGCAAAAUCUCCAAACCCUCCUCGAAACAAGCCUAGAUUCCACAACUUUUUCUAGAAUUGUUUUCUGAAAACAAUUAUUGAGCUUCCAGUCUCUUCUAGAACGUACUUUAGAACUCACAGUGUGAACUAGAAUCCAAAUCAGACCUGCCAUUCCUUCUAGAACCAAGCCUAGACACCAGUGUCUUAUACAACCUUCUUCUAAAUCCAGUCAUAAAUAUCUUCUAGUAUCAAGUCUAGAUUUCAAGGCUCCCUCUUGAAUCUUCUAGAAUGAAUCCUGGAGCUCCUACUGUUUCUAGUCCCAUUUUAUAGAACUUCUACUACCAAAUCUAGAGCUCUGUGUCUUGUUUGAACCAGCUGUAAACUCUCAAAUUACGCUAGAACCAAGGCUUUUACCACAAAAAAACUUUUUCUUGAACAAAUCUAGAAAAACAUUUUUUUUUUUCUACUACUGAUAUAAAGUCUCCCAACUUUUGAGCUCCUGGUGUCUUCUAGAAUCAAACCUAGAUUUCUAGGCUUCUUGUAGAAUUUUUUAGCACAAGAACUCCUACCUCUCAUAGUCGACCCCCCGAUCUAGAGCUCUAUACUCUUCUUCCUUGUUUUAUACAGCCAAACCUGACGACUCCUCAUGUCUUCUUGAGCCAAACCUAGAACAUUAAGUUCUUCUACAACCUUUUUAGAUCUACCAACCUCUUCUAGAUUUCACCAUAAAGCAUCCAGUGUCCUGUGGAAUUCUAGAUUUCAAGGUUUCUAUUUCCAAACAUUGAUACUCAAAUUCGUCUCUUCUUAACCAAAAUCUCUUUUCCCAGUCAAGAGCUCCAUGCCUUUUAAGCCAGCUGUAGAGCUCUUGACUUUUCUAGAACACUUUUUCUAGACCCAAACCUAGAACACAAAUCACUUCCAGGAUCUAUUCUAGCUCUCCCAGCUCUACAUCAAACCUUAGAACUCUUAGAACUCUUCUAGAAUCAGGUCCGAAUUUCAAGGCUUCUAAAAUGUUCUAGAACGAGACCUGGAACUCACUUCUGACCUUUUCUACAAUCUGUGUUUUUUCUACAGAACUUUCCUCUAGAAAGUAGCUCAGAACAUUCAUUCUUCUUGAACCAAGACUAGAACACCUGACAUAAUCUAGCACCAAGCCUAGAACUCUUCUAGAUUACUUUGAGAAAUGUCUCACUUUGAAUCCUCAGUGCAUUUACAUGGCAGAGAAUUCCAGAUAUAGGCCUCCACAGUUCAAAGCUGUGGAUGUUUUGUUUAUAUCGUAAAUUUGGAAUCAUUAUCAGUGUUACUGCAUUAUUGAAACUGAAAUAGAGGAUACGAUUAAGUAAUUAAAUUAAAUCUAAUGUGUGCCAAAGAUGUAUUUUUCUAAGUCUACCUGUGUGUUUACAUGAAGGAUUAUUGAGCUUCACCCAUCCACAGAGUAAUUCUGCCAAUUCAGUGACAAGUGAACACCACUGAGAUGUGGUUCGAGAUUACACAGCACAUUAUUUGCAAUUAAGAGAGAAGUGGUUGAUGGGGUGAUGGUUACUAUUUUACCAAUCAAUGAAAGCAGACUGAUGGUAUUUAGCAUGUGUGGUGGAUGGUUUUAACAGUCUGUAAUAAGCUUUUGCAUGAACCUUAAUUCUGAUGGGUUGAUGUUUUUAUAAAAGGCAGAAACAAAGUGUACUCAUAGACAUAUUUUGUGAACCAUGUUUUAUAAUGUAUCAUAUAGGGAAUGGUGAUUUAAAAUAGUUCCUGAUUGUUGACCUUUUCAUUUACUGUCUGUGCUCAUUUGCCAGCAAAUGCAGAGCAUAUCUGUUAGAAUAAACUCCUGUUCGCUUGCUUAUAUGCAUCUGCCAUUUGUAUUUCCAUAAGCUGAACAUAAUAAUAAAUUGUUGUUUACAGAGUUGAUCGAUUAACUGAGUAAUUAUUACUUUGAUUGAUUGCUCAGUCACUGCCUGGCAGCAGGAGUGUGUGGAGAAAGAUUCCCCCUUUGUUAUGAAUCAGCAUCAUUACUUUAACUCUAUACAGUACAGCUUUUAUACUGAAGAAAACAACCUUUUUCAGAUGAUUGUUGGCCAUGAAAAUGCACUGGUUUGACAUAAUUACAGAUUAACACAUGCUGUUAGCAGGUGAAAACCUCCAAAUUUCAUUUUAAUUUAGUAUCACUUAAUUAGAGCAAUUUUACUUAAACAAUAAGAUAAUUAUGUUACUUGCUCUUAUGCAAAGGUUUUUUUUAUUUAUCUAAGAAAAGUAACUUCACCUAAGAAGCUGCCAUUUUUGGAGCUACAAGGUUUUCACCUGAAAGCAACAACACUGAGAUGUCUUACAUUAUAUGGCAUGUUCUGUACUUGUACUUUGUUCCACUUUUGUCUUUCCAUUCUGUCUACAUAUCCAAACAAGAGCACAAAUACAAAUAAACCCACA